AUGAAUGCAUCUUCCCUCAGUUUCACUUUGAUCUUCACAGCUUACAAAGACAUUGAUUCAGCCAAAUAUGUGUUUUUCACUGUUGUUUUGCUUAUAUACAUUGCAUCUCUAUUCACAAAUGUAAUUCUAUUGCUGUUAAUUUACUUUGACACAUACUUGCAUAAGCCAAUGUAUAUAUUUCUCUUCAACUUGAUUGUUAAUGGGUUGAUUGGAAGCACAUCUGUUUGGCCAAAGGUGAUGGCCAUGCUUUUGACACAUGUGAAUACGAUCUCAUAUGCUGAGUGUCUUCUCCAGGUUUUUUUCACUGCAACAUAUGGGUCUUGUAACUACACAGUGCUCACAGUGAUGGCUUAUGACAGACUUGUGUCCAUAUUCCAACCCUUACAGUACCACGCCAUAAUGACACCCCAAAAAGUAAGACAGCUGUUGUUGGCGGCUGAUCUUGUGCCUGUACUUUGUGUAUUAGGUCAAAUAUUUCUUACCUCUCGCAUGCCCCUGUGCAAGCAUACUAUUCAUAGAAUACUUUGUGAUAACUUAUCUGUCUCUGGACUAUCUUGUGGUGACAGCAUUCAUGUGACCAAUAUUUAUGGAUUAUGUCUUGUUGUUGCUCUUUUAAUCCUGCCUGUGCUUAUUGUUUUGUUGUCAUAUAUCAAAAUUAUAGGGUUCAUUUUAAAGGCCUCCGGAAAGGCUAGAUAUAAAACAUUUGAAACAUGUUCUCCGCACAUAAUUGUUUUCAUUAAUUUUUCCCUGGCUUCACUGUUUUCUGUUGUUUACAACCGCAUCUAUCCUUAUUUACCUGCUGAAGCUAAUGCAUUCCUAUCUGUUAACUACAUCCUUGUACCCCCACUAUUGCAUCCAAUCAUAUAUGGUAUAAAAAGUCGAGAGAUUCGAAAAAGUUUGUCAAACUUUAGGAAAAGAACCGUUUGGAUAACCUGA